AAUAAUUUCAGUUGAAAUCCACGUUUGUUGCAUUGCGGACAAAUUUUGCGGAGACCUCUCUCGAGUACAUUGUUCCAGUCAUAAAUAAGGAGUUUUUCAUUCAUUUUCUAUCUAUCUUUAAGCCGAAAGAUACAAAACCAAUAGAUUUUAAAAUUAUUUAUUAAAAAAUAAAUAAUAUUUAAGUGCAAUUUUGUGAACAUUUUUUUUUAAACAAACGUUUUUACGUGUGUUCAUAAAUAAAAUAAAAAAAAAAAGUAUUUCCUUUUUUUACCAAAUAAAAAAAAAACAAUAAAUUAAUUAAUCAUGAGGGAAUGCAUUUCAGUACAUAUUGGACAAGCUGGUGUACAAAUUGGUAAUGCCUGUUGGGAACUCUAUUGCCUUGAACAUGGUAUCCAACCCGAUGGACAGAUGCCAUCGGAUAAAACAAUUGGUGGAGGUGAUGAUUCAUUCAACACAUUCUUCAGCGAAACUGGUUCAGGAAAACACGUACCAAGGGCUGUAUUUGUUGAUUUGGAACCUACAGUAGUUGAUGAGGUUCGUACCGGCACUUAUCGUCAGCUCUUCCAUCCCGAACAACUUAUUACUGGCAAAGAAGAUGCUGCCAACAAUUAUGCCCGUGGUCAUUAUACAAUUGGCAAGGAAAUUGUCGAUGUUGUCCUCGAUCGUAUUCGCAAAUUGGCCGAUCAAUGUACUGGUCUUCAAGGAUUCUUGGUAUUCCAUUCAUUUGGUGGCGGUACCGGAAGUGGUUUCACCUCGCUCCUCAUGGAACGUCUUUCUGUUGAUUAUGGCAAAAAAUCUAAACUGGAAUUUUCAAUUUAUCCAGCACCACAAGUAUCGACAGCUGUGGUUGAGCCUUACAACUCCAUUCUAACAACUCACACAACUCUUGAGCAUUCCGAUUGUGCCUUUAUGGUAGAUAACGAAGCUAUUUACGACAUCUGCCGUCGCAACUUAGACAUCGAACGUCCAUCCUACACAAAUCUAAAUCGUCUCAUCGGUCAAAUUGUAUCAUCAAUUACAGCUUCAUUGCGAUUCGAUGGUGCCCUUAAUGUCGAUCUAACUGAAUUCCAAACUAAUUUGGUGCCAUAUCCACGUAUUCAUUUCCCAUUGGCCACUUAUGCUCCAGUCAUCUCUUCGGAAAAGGCCUACCACGAACAAUUGACCGUUGCCGAAAUUACCAAUGCAUGCUUCGAACCAGCCAACCAAAUGGUCAAGUGCGAUCCACGACAUGGCAAGUAUAUGGCUUGCUGUAUGUUGUAUCGUGGUGAUGUCGUACCAAAGGAUGUCAAUGCUGCAAUUGCCACCAUCAAGACCAAGCGUAGCAUUCAGUUUGUUGACUGGUGUCCUACUGGUUUCAAAGUGGGUAUUAACUAUCAGCCUCCAACUGUUGUGCCCGGUGGUGAUCUUGCCAAGGUUCAACGUGCCGUCUGCAUGUUGUCCAAUACAACAGCCAUUGCUGAAGCAUGGGCUCGUUUGGAUCACAAAUUCGAUCUGAUGUAUGCUAAGCGUGCUUUUGUCCAUUGGUAUGUUGGUGAAGGUAUGGAAGAAGGUGAAUUCUCUGAAGCUCGUGAAGAUUUGGCAGCUUUGGAGAAGGAUUACGAGGAAGUUGGUAUUGAUUCGAAUGAAGAAGCUGGAGAAGGUGAUGAGUACUAAGAAGGAUAUACUAGAUAUUUCUUGAGAAAACAA